CCCAAUGGAGUAGGAUUCCGCUGCCGGCUGCGGGAUUUGAACCGGCAACCUUCCAGUCACAGGCACAGAUCCUUAGACAAAGAGCCACCGCUCCUCCCAUGUUCUAUAUGUAAUCGUAUUGGGACUGUUUGAUUUUAAUAUGGGCAGUUAAUUUAAUAUUGAUUUUAAUGUUAUUGUACAUUUCCUGAUUAAUUUGUAGUAUUUUUUCUCACCGAUAUCAUCCCCAAGAUUUCAGCAAUGCAAUGCCUGUGGUUGAUCUGUAGGUGGCACUCUAACUGCAGAAACUCAAGUUGAAAAAUUCUGAGCAGCAAUUGUAACAGACCUUUUAACCUUAGGUCCUGGCCUUUAACAUUUCAGUGCCCUGUGCUUUUUAGUGUUAGCUGGGAAACUGGCUAGACCACCUGCCAUUUACGCUGUAGCUUAAGGGUGGUGUCCUUUAGCUGUUUUGUCAUCAUCACAGGUUUAGGAAUUUGAAGCGAGUCCCUACAACUGCAGAAAUAGGAAUGGUUGGUCUUCAUAAUAAGAGGGUAACUUAAAAGGCAUUUUGCCCUGGGGAAAAAAUGAGUCCAAUUUUCUGUGCUCCAGAAGAAUUUGAGCUAGUGCUGCAAGUCAAAGUGAAAAAUAACAUUUGUCUGUUGCCAGAUUUUCACUUUGAACUCAUGCUUUUCAUUAUAAAGUUAAUAGAUAAUUUCAUUUCACAGGGCAGAGGCACAGACGGCACCUUUAAGAAAAAUGUGAACACUGGUAUUAGGUCACUUUGCUUUAUGGGUAGUUUCCCGUAGCCUGUUUUUGAGCUAGCAGUGCUGUCUGUGGGGAGCUCGUACGUUCUCCAGUGUCCUCCCACAGUCCACGGACACGCUGGUGGGAUAAUGGGCGUCUGUGAGACAUGUCGCGACCUGCUGGGACAGGGCCCUGGCUCCCUGUGGCGCUCCGUGUUGAAACCGGCCCGCGUGUCCCCCAUUUCCGCUCCGCAGGGCUCGGCCAUGAGCCAGUCGUGCUGCGAGCUGGAGAAGGACGGCGGUGGCGGGGCCUGCUGUGGGGCCGUGGUUCCGGCCUGCGCCGACAAGGGGGACGGCUGGGGCACCCUCAGCUCGCACGAGGCCGGCGCGCACACGCAGGGCUACGACGUGGAGUUCGACCCGCCCCUGGAGAGCAAGUACGAGUGCCCCAUCUGCCUGAUGGCCCUGCGGGAGGCCGUCCAGACGCCCUGCGGCCAUCGCUUCUGCCGGGGCUGCAUUGAGAAGUCCCUAAGGGAUGCAGGGCAGAAGUGUCCCGUGGACAAUGAGGUCCUUACCGAGGACCAGCUGUUCCCAGACAACUUUGCCAAGCGGGAGAUCCUGUCCCUCACCGUGCGCUGCCCCAACCAGGGCUGCAGCCAGAAGAUGGAGCUGCGUCACCUCGAGGCUCACGUGGCGGAGUGCGUGUUUGCCAUGGUGGUCUGUGUGUUGUGCCACAUGUCAGUGUGCAAGAGCUACCUGGGGCAGCAUGAGGCCCAGGAGUGCCCACGUCGGCUCGUCCCCUGCAUGAACUGCGCCUGCCCGGUGGUGUUUGAGGAGAGCAAGUAUCAUGAGCAGGAGUGUCCUCUAGCAAAUGUAGUGUGUGAUUACUGCACUAUGGAGCUGAUCAGAGACCAGCUGCAGUAUCACUGUGAUAUGGAUUGCCCUAGAGCUCCGGUGGCCUGUACGUUCAGCCCCUUUGGGUGUCCAGAAAAGAUGCAGCGCAGCGACCUGGCCCAGCACAUGCAGGAGUUCACCCAGAUGCACAUGCGCUACAUGGCCGAUUCCCUGCGCAGCCUCAGCCUGAGCGGCAGCCUGCUGCCCGCUUCGGAGAUGCCUGACGCCAACUUCUGCCCCAGCCGGCCCGUGCCCGGCCCCCUGCCGCUCCGGGAGCCCUUGGCGGGGGCGGCCGUGGCUGCGCCGGCCUCCUCGCUGCACUGCGGCUGCUCCGGGUCGCUCCAGCACCUGCGCGAGACCAUUCAGCAGCUGGAGGCGCGGCUCGUGCGGCAGGACCACCAGCUGCGGGAGCUGAGCAUCCGCACGGAGACGCAGAGCGGGCAGGUGGGCGAACUGAAGAGGCAGGUGCGCUCGCUGGAGGAGAGCGCGCGGGAGCUGGAGGCACAGCAGUGCAACGGCAUCUACGUGUGGAAGGUGGAGAACUUCUCCGUCUACCAGCGCAGCCAGGAGGCCGGCCAGCCCGUCGUGAUCCACAGCCCGGGCUUCUACACGGGCCGGCCCGGCUACAAGCUGUGCCUGCGCCUCCACCUCCAGACCCCCAGCGCCCCGCGCUGCGCCAACUACAUCUCCCUCUUCGUGCACACCAUGCAAGGCCAAUACGACAGCCAGCUCUCCUGGCCCUUCCAGGGCACCAUCCGCCUCGCCAUCCUGGACCAGGCGGACGGUAACCACCACACGGAGGUGAUGGAGACGAAGCCGGACCUCCUGGCCUUCCAGCGCCCCACCAUUCAGCGCAACCCCAAGGGCUUCGGCUACGUCACCUUCAUGCACCUGAGCGCCCUGCGGCAGAAGGACUACCUGCGGGACGACACCCUACUGGUGCGCUGCGAGGUCACGCCCCGCUUCGACGUGAGCUGCAUCCGGAGAGAGGGUUUCCAGCCCAGGGGCCCCGAGCCCUCGGUGUAAUGCCCCGCAGGGGUUCCAGGGGCCGCCGAGAUGGCUGAGGGUACGGUGUCGGCAGAGGACACGCCAACGCAGCACGAGAGACUGCCUGCAGCACGGCAGUGGCUUUGAUGACGAAACAUGCCUCGCAGAGCAGCGUUUCCGAGAGGCGGAUAAAAACAUACAUGUUGUAGAACAAGCUUAGACUGAGCGCUGAAUUGAGUUGUCUUUUUUUAAAUUAACUGAUCCCCUUGCAAUGUCUGAAAUAAAAUCGACUUGGUUAUUUCUCUGUGAGAUGAUAAGGUAGCAUUCUCUAAAAGAAGAGUUAAGAAUGGAGGGAGCUGACGGGAUUAUGACAGUGCAGCUCUCUGCACUAACUGCUAGACGAUAACUUCCCUAGACAAGCUCUUUGGGUCCUAGAAAGAGACCUGUAAACAGAUGGUUCCUGUUACUUGUAACCAGUGUGCUGCUGGAUUCCCUACAGACGCCUGGAGCUCAGCCUCUGGAAUUCAGAUCUCAGAACCUGGAAACCGAUACUCUAUCUUAAAAUCCUCCGUGUAGCACAAGGACUGAAUGUUUGAGAAAGUAUUUUUUUAAUUUAUUUUUACCUCCACUAUUCUUGUGCCUGGCAAAGGGGCUGAAACUAGAAAUACAGAAGAAAUGUAAUUCUUUCCCAGGGGACCUGGAGUUAUUGGAACCCCCUUCUUAAAUCCAAAUCAUCAGAGGAUGCUAACAACUGGCCUAUCUGUAGCCCUGGCUAGGCCCUGCCCAGUCCUGCUGCAGGAGGGUCUCCUCGCUGGCAGUGCUGGCUCGGACGCAUGCCAAGGGGGGGCAGGUUGGUGAGAUUCGGGCGAAGGUCUGAUGCCUGGUUAUCCUAUCCGUGAUGAAUUUGUACACGAGUCACAGGACUGUUUCUCAUUUCUACUGUAUAUGACCUGUUUUGUCUAAGCUGUGGCAGUCAGAUCUGAACUCUGUAUAACAUCUCCAUUUUCGAUCUAAAUUUAUUUCCCCGGGAACACCUUAUCCAAAUCUUGCUCAACAAGACUCUCAAUAUUCUGCUUAAUGCACUUUCAGAAGACUUGUGAUCAAAAAGGGACGAUAAACACUUCAGCAUUUAUACAAAGCAUAUUUUUUAUUCACCAGGUUGUUGUAAGCAUAUAAGAAUUUGGGAAUUUUUUUUUUUUCUAUGAAGCUACGAAGGGAAGAAGUAAUGAGUUUCAAAUUUGGGUUUAGGAGCUCAGCAAGCAUCAUUCAAGAUGAGUGAAGUUGACACCAGGUUGGUUUCUAAAUGCUUGUUCAAUACCCAUGAGUGGAGAUUAAUAGAAGGUAAUGGGUAGCUGAGGCAGUGUUUUAUUUAAUCUGUGGUGUACUUUAUAAAUCAAGUGUUUGUCAUUUUUCACAUGCUUCAAAUGGCAUUUUAGAAUUCGUAACUGACCAUGGAGGAAAACUCACUGAAUGCAUUUUGCAAGUAGGAUAUGAAUUUCAAUAUUUAGAUGCCAAUUUAGCCGACAUACUUUAUUAAUGUGUUGUUACAUAAAACCUUAAACCAGUGAGAUUAAAAUAUCACCAGUAUUAAGGCCUUGGAUACUGUGUAGCUGGCUUCUCCUUUCUUUUUUUACAUUGCAGUUGUCUGUGCUGCUGAAUAAUUUGUUGUAGGAAAAGUUGGAAAAUGUUGAAUUUGCCAUGUGAAACUCCAGAUUACUGGCUAAGUGUCAUACUGUAUGUAGAGAAAACAUGACCCAAAAUGUUUGAAGAAAGACCUUGAUGUAGUAAGAGAGCGAGACCAAAGAGGGGUUGCUUGUGAUCUGGAAGUUCGCAAAUGAGAAAAAAUUGACGAGAAGAGAAACGUGAAUGAUUUAUUCACCACUGAUUCGUAGUUGUAAAUCAAACCAAUUAUGAAUGUAGAUGUGAAUGACUUUCCUUCACCUUGUUGCUCUGACUACACUGGCAGAUUCUUUUAUAGUGAUCUAGCAGCUAUACUGUACAUUUGGUCUUACAGCUGCAGUAUGCAGUUCUCUUCACCUUUAGCCUUGCUGCACAUCUCAGUGAUGGUUAUCUGUCCUAAUUUCUAUAAUAAAUGUAGCGUAUUCCAAUGCUUCAUAUGCAGAAUUCUCGUGCAUAUUGUAUUGUUUGUACAUGAAUUAUAUAAUACAGCAGGUUUAGGCCGAGUCCACAAUGGAACAAGGAGUUGGUUACACUGCACUGUGACCAAUUUCUUUUUAUUCAAUCUAGAAAUACUGCAUUUCUCAUUUGUAUAGCGGUUCUGUAAUGGAUUUCAAUACCUUUGGUGUUGGUACAGUAUAUGUAUUUGGCCAUCUUAAGGAUUAAUAAUUCCAUCAUUGAAAGCAAGACAAAAGAAUUCAAAUAUAACUGAAACAGGCUGUUAUUCUCAAGGGUCUAGAAUUGUUCUUAUAAAUCUGUGUUGUGGUUUUGUGUUCCACCAGACAGCUGGCUGUAUUUUGUAUCUGCUGCUGUUCUACUGUUGUCUGUCAGUGUAACCUGAGCUGUGAUAAAAUACACCAUAUAUGUUCUCUUCAGGAUGACUAGCCAUACAUCCUAAGGCUUUCCCCCAUUUUCUCAGUGGUAGAGAUUCAGUUUUCUGUGACUGAAGUGACGUUAUUCUGUUACCCUUAACUGCACCCCAGUUUAAUGUCAGGUGGAUAUCUGAAGCUCAAUCAACGCAGUCCUUUUUCCAAGGUAAAAUGUUAGCUGGGUUAUAUGCAGUAAAGGGUCAAUAUCUGAGCCCGAAGCUCUGCGGUCAGAUGUGUAGUUGCUUGAAACAGUAGGAAACAGGGAUCCUCCGCUCCAGGCCUUAAGUGCUUCAGGGUUAUCAGGAUCACAUUUCAAGCCAUAGUGCUAAACCACAGAUUAAAUAAGACAUUUUCCUUACUGGAUCGGUUUCCUUGAGUCUAUAGUUACUAGUCUAGUUUCUUGAAAGGGUCCUAUCAUGCGCUAGAUUAUGACCCUGACGGACUAAAGCUGAGGAUCCCUGGAGCGUUAUACAUUUCAAGCCCAAUAGCUAAGUUACUGAGACAAACGGUCGAUCUGCUGGUCAGAAUAAGUAGAUGUUGCAUGUUUUAUUAGGCAGGGUGCUUUCAGAUUUUUCACCAGUCGGUUUCCCGUUGCGUUCUCAUCUCCAUUAUAUUGGUUAACAGUUAAGCUGGCCGCCUCUGUAUUGGAAAGGGUUCAGAAGUGAAUGAAUGGAAAUAAUUUGAACCUGCUGAGCUACUAGCAGAUCAACCAAUCUGUUGAGGAAGAGCAUGGUUUUCACUAGGGCCUCGUCUGUCACAAACACUAACAUUUAGGAGCAUCAUGCUGUUGACGGCUUCACAGCCUAGUGAGUGCUGACUAGAUAAGGAAUAUGGUGAAAACAGGCAUUUCUUUCCGAGAGCCUAACAAUAGCCUGUUUCUGUGGCAAAACUGAAUGCAGUACAACUUGUUUUUCGCUGACAUUUUAUAGACCUGUGGGUACAAGGAUUUAAGAGGAGAUUUAUAUCAUGAAUCAACUGAAGGGAACCCUCUUUCGUUCUUAUCGGCAUUUGCAGGGUAUGUUUGUUGCGAAGCUCCCAACGGCUCUGAAAGAGGAAGGGAGAAUCUGAGAUGGAUCCUCUACUCAUUACUGAAAAGUAAUUUAUUUGUUCAUAUGAGAUUUGGGGGGGUGUUCUGGCAAGGCAACCACAGGCACUUUGCCAACCUGUGAUGUGUAUCCCAAGAAAUGAUAGUGACACCUGUUGCUACUUCAGUGGAAUCUUGCAGCUGGAGAAUAAAAGCAUCCCCAUACCUGCUAUUGACCAGCACAUCUUGUUUAGAUGCUGGAGGUCAUUAUCCCUUCCUCCCUAGUAGUAUUGCUUGGUGCUGCUGAGCUGUCUUCACCUGGUUGGUUCAGAUUAUCGGAUCCUGUUGUUCAUGCAGGCAAGCAGAUAAAAAAACAUGAACCCAGUAAUCUCUCUCACUACCUGUCCAUUAACCCUGUCAGUUUCCAAGUCAUGGGAUUUUACCUGCAUCUUCUCAUGUGACUGUAGAUCACUGGGGGGGAGUGUGAAAAGGGUGCACAAAAAUCAAUUCACUUUGCUAAACAAGCCUGUGGUUGACAGACCAGGGAGCCAAACGUAUCAAACCUGUGGCUCUCGCAGUGUGAAAUCAUCCUCAUUCGUGAGAGCUGGAGAUCUGAUCUAUGGAGUCAGUCUAUUGAAACUGGGGAGGGAGGGGGAUUACCAUUCAGAGCAGAUUUACUGCCCUCUGCACAGACAGGCUCUGGUGCUGCUGCGUGGGGAUAUUGGGGUUUGAUGUGGACUGUAGUCUGCCCUGCACUGGGCUGGCACUGGAUCAGGGCGUGUCCUGCACUAGACUGGCGUUCCACCCCGAGUGAAGUGCUGCCCUGUGCGCACUCCUUUGACAUGGCCCCUCCCAGGAAUGUGCAGCUUCUGCUUGUAACACUUGACAGCUCUGAGGCUCCGUGUCACAUUCAUAUCACAUAGCAGGUCACAUGGUGCGUUCUUGCAUUUCUUUGUAAUCAUUGAAUGUAUAUUUGUCAGCUUCAGUUACCUUGCUGUACUAAAGUGAAUAAAGCUGCUGGAUUUGGUAUG